AUGAUGACGGAAGCACAAGUUGGUUUUCUGUAUAACAUAGCUUCAGUCGUAUCGCGUUUGGAAAUCAAUGAAUCAAAAUCAUUGUUGCAAAGUUAUUACUUAAUGCGCUGUAAGGAAAUAACGAGAGGAUAUGGUCUCCCCGACAAAUACUUUGCUACGAAGAUAAGAUGUCCUAAAUGCUGUCUUGAUGGAAGGACUCUGAAGUAAAGAUAAAUCCUAUAUUAUUAACAAAACGCCAAAAGAAGAGACUGAAAUCACGUCAAACGAAAGAAAACAAAAAAGAAUUUAUAAGACGGAAACAAAAUUUAGUACACUGUAAUAAAGUAGAACAAAUAUGUACUUUCUGUAAAAAGAGUACAUUCACAACUUCCAUAAAGCCACAAAAAGAAGUUACUGCAGUUGAAAAUACUGAAUUACCUGAUAGCACAACUAAAAUAGAGCAUAAUGAUACACCUAAAACCAAUAAUAAUGUACAAAAGCAAGUGCCAAAGAACAGUAAACCAGCCAAGAAGAAAGAAAUUAAUGUGUAUUCCAAUGCCUUAGAUGUGUUUUCAUUGAAAAACAAAAAUAAUGCUUUGGUCACCAAGGAGCCACCAAAAGUUAUUAAGAAUAAUAAAAAGAAAAAGGACAAGUUUGCAGGAUUGUGCCAAAAGGCUGUAUUAGCUUCAGCAAAACUGAAAUCAAAAGAAGAAACAAAAAAAAGUAAACUCAGUCUAUUUUUAAAACCAUCUUCAUAG